GCCCAAGAGGCCUGCAAGAGGCCCCUCCGUUAACCAUUGUGCCUCGAGCCAUUUUGGUUUAUUGAAGUCCAGCUCCAACAGAACGUUGGCGAGUUGUGCACCCAAGCGUCUGCUUACUGAACCUGUGUAACCUCACAGUAACUUAAUUGGGAUGGCUGCAGUAGGGCUGGCACCAAUGACCCUGUACAUUGUGGCGCAACUUAUCCAGGCCGUAUCCGCCGGGACGUCUACGAUGAUGUUUCGCGGCAUCUACCACAACAACGCCUCGGUGCCUGCGCCACGACGUACAAACGCAAGCGUUGUGCUGUACAUCACAACGGCCGCUUCGCAUCAACACUGGAGCUACUUCGAGUGUUUGCCGGCGCUGAUAAAGACUUCGCCGAUGUUGAUGAAGGCGGACGUCAUCGUGUACGUCGGAAAUCAUAUGUCAGAAACGUUGAAGCAUAACAUGAACCAGCUGUUGGAUCAGUGGCCCGUGGGGAAUCGUAUCGUUCAUUACGGUGACAAUCCGGGCAAGCAGGAGGGCGCAAAAUAUGCGGCCCACGUCGGGUUUUCCAGCGGAUGGUUCCGAGGUUACGAUUGGGUCAUCAGGAUCAACCCGGAUGUUGUGAUCUACAACGAUAAUUUGAUCUGGCCUCUCAUGCAGAAGGCAGAAAAUUGGGGCAUAUUCGUCGGUUGUGGGACGCACUGCGAGCCGCAUUCUGGCUGCGCUCCCAGGCAGACCCACACAGACUUCUUUGCCGUGCGGCCGUCCCGAGUGCCACCAAAUGCGUUCGCAGACUGGAACAUGUCUGAGCCGAGCGCAGAAGUCCAGGCGACCGCGGCAUUCAAAGACAUAUACGAAGCAAAGGCUGACGUCUACCUCCCGUGGAGUAGCAGGAGCAGUAUGUGCCGCGUGACUGGGGGCGGCGUGUUCCACAGCACUCAAUUCUGCCAGGAUUUUCUGGAGUCCGCCCCUUUUGAGGAUUAGGUCUUGUCCUCGCCCAUCGAGUGUGAGCCCGUGCGUCAUUCAACCUUCAGGAUGCUUGAUUGGUUGCUUGGCUCGCCCAUCGUUCUUCCAUCCUCGCUUUUGAGCUCCUCCACGGGUCUCCUUCUCCGACUUGAGCAGGUCGUGAAAUUGCUCAGCGCACGCUUGACGGGAUAAAUCCGUCAUCCGACACAGUGGUUCGUUUCAAGGCUUGCGCCCCAGAACGCGCUGGGUUCGGUCUUCUCCCGCGGUCGACCCACCUGGUGGAACGACAGCUCUAGUGGCCAAUCGGCGAAGGGGCCUCCUGGUCGAUCCUCCUGGGGCCCGACGAGGCCUCCAAGAGGCACCAAAGCUCAGGACGUUACCUGAUGGCCCACAGCGGUUCCUGCUGGAGCGUGCUCUGGAGAGCGCGCCCCGGGACGCGCCGAGCUCCGUCUUCUUUCUGCCGCGGCCGUCCUCGCGCCCCGCGUGCAGGGCCCAUGCCGAUGGAACGCGCUGGGUCCCCUCUCUGUGCCGUGGCCGCUCUCUCUUGCGCUUUUCCAGUUCUC